AUGAUCAGCCCCAAGAAGCUCAUUAGGAUGGCAAGGAAGUGGCAAAAACUUGCUGUGCUAAGCAGGAAAAGAAUAUCUAUUCCAAGAACAACUGAGGAUAUGGAUGCAGAAAAUUCUUCUAAAUUAUCAAUGGUUGACAAAGGCCAUUUUGUUAUCUACACAGAAGAUCAAAAGCGUUUCGUGAUGCCCUUGGCAUAUCUCAACAAUGACAUCUUGAGAAAGCUCUUCAAGAUGUCUGAAGAGGAGUUUGGAUUAUCGAGCAAUGGGCCUAUCAUACUGCCUUGUGAUUCAACUUUAAUGGAAUAUGUAGUCAUGCUUAUCAGACGAGGAAUAGCGAAAGAUUUAGAAAAGGCGUUGCUUAAAUCCGUUGAUACCAGUCGCUGCUCAUUAUCCUCUUCUUUUCAUCAAGGAGAUGCAAGCCAUCCUUCCCUAAUUUGUGGAUACUAG